AUGCCUAGCAGGGACGCGUCUCUCAUUAGUAGGCGACGCUCCUCCGAGAUAGAGAAAAAGCUUAUGGGGGACAAGGGCAGAGAGCUUAGGAGGAGAGAUGGAAAUUGCCUUCGUGAAAUAAAGCUCCGGAGUUUCCAUGUCCAACACAUUGUAGUAGGCAGCCGUGGCUCGGUUCGUGUACUUGCGCGGUUGGAUAAAGAAAGGGAAAUGUCAGUUUGGACAAGAACGGCCUUGGUCGAGGCAUGGGGCAGAGAGAGAGCAGAUCAGUUAUUGAGUUUUUACUUACGCUUUUACAUAAAAAGGGCUAGAGCACGUAGAUUACCUAACAAUAAGCGGAGAAAGAUCCAGCAAGGCGGCAACGGCUCCAUGUUCAAUUGGGACAAAGAAUUCGAAGAAUUAAAGGUCAGGGUAGAGGGAGGGAAACAGUGA